GCCAGCUUAAGGGAAAGUCAGCUCCUUUUGCAGCAAGUAGCCAAUUUUUAUAGCCUCAAGACAGAGAAAAUUCCUACUGGAACGGUGGCACUAGGGGAUUGGCUAGGAUGUUAUAGGCCGCAGCUCCCCGCCCGCGGAGGACCCCGCGCUCACCCCGACCCGGGGACGCCAGAGGCCCCGGCACCGCUGGAGCCCCUCGCAGCACGCCGGAGCGCCAGCGGCCCCGCACGCUCCUUUUCCGGCCCCCUCCAAGGAGGGGCGCGCGGGGGCCCCAGAAGCUUCUCCCGCUCGCCCUCCCCCACCCCUUCCCCAGCCCGCCCACCCGACCCGCGCGGCGCGGCGGCGUUGCGCUCGGAUUCGGGAAGGAAGCGCCGCGCGGUGUCCCCGGCGUCCUCA